AAUGGAUGUUGUGUUUAGUACUGCCAGUAUACUUAAUCUUUUCUGUAUAUCACUGUACAGGUGGUUCCAGAUUGUUCGAUCUCCAGAAACAUAUCAUCAAUACUUCACUAAAACUGUUGUUAUUCUUCUAAUAAUCUCAUGUUGGGUUGUCAGUUUUAUUAUUGCGAUAGUUCCUAUCUAUACAAACAUAUACACCACGCAGGAUUUCUUGAUAAACAGAGAUAACUGUAGAUGUGAUUUUAUUGUUAAUCAGUGGUAUGCUCUUGUAUCUAGCUCAGUUUCGUUUUGGCUACCUUCAGCUGGAAUCAUUUAUUUCUAUUAUCAGAUAACAAUGUGCGCUAUAGAAAAGCAUAGAGCUGACAUCAAGCAUCAAAUAAGAAGGUCAACCUUCUCUGCGGGCUCAGGGCUCACACAGAUAGCAAACCUAGGAACUUUUUCAAGUGGUACUCAGGGUUUGAUUGAUCCCUUGGCAGCCCCUGAUUCUAGUUCUCGAACCUCCUAUUCAUCCCAAUAUCAGAUGGGGUCUUUGAACAGGACAAUCAGUACCUCACCAGCAGUAGAGAGGAACGAGUCUUUGCGAGAGAAUAUAAACGCUGCUAAAACCUUGUUAAUCCUGUUAGUGGUCUACUUGGUGUGCUGGUUUCCUUUCUUUCUCACAUACAUCAUAGACUCAUUCACGUAUAACGUAGUUCCUGAUUACUGGAUAACAUUUGUAUUCUGGUUGGGGUACUGUAACUCAGCUGUCAAUCCAUUUAUCUAUGCUGUUAAGUUCAAGGAAUUCCAGCCAGCCUUCCUGGAUACUCUCGGGUGUCUGGGACUCUGUACUUGUUGUAAUAAAGAUGUAAGAAACUUCAACUCUUCAGCCCAAGGUGUACAUUUUAGGGAGCAGCACACAAGAACCUCUACGACGGAACCAAAACCUAACGCUGUAUAGGCUGAUCUUCUACUCCUACCAAUCUACCAAAAAAAAAUACAUUUGUUAAAAAUAUGCUAAAACUCUAAAUCAAAAGUGGAUGUACAUUUUCUUCUUUUUCGGGAUGAAUUUCAUUUUAUUCCUUUAUUCUUCUAAAAUCAAAUACACGAAGGAAAGAGUUGAUCUUAAAAAAUAAAAAUAGAAAGAGAGGUGGUUGAAAUCAAACCAAGAUUUAAGUAUUUUGCACCCGCCUCAAGGUCUAAAGAGCACAUUUAUAUAAACACUAUAAAUGACUAGAUAAUGGUGUCAAGUACAGUUGUGAAUCGGGUCUUGCCAUCGUUGCAUAGAGGGUCACUUUAAAUUACGCUAACACUUCAUUUAAGCAAGGAAUGGAUUAUCUUCAUCUCUGUAAGGAAUUGAGUCUUCGCCACAAACUCAAACUUUCUAAUGUCUAUAUCUUUGUAACCUGAAUUGUAUUUCA